AGGGGAAAGCCAGGGGAGAUGCGGGUACCGAGACCGACGCCCUUCCUCCGUUUUCGUUUGUGGUUCAAGGGCACGGGGUACCUCUCCGAAGGAGUAGCCGCAGCAAUCCAUGCUGAGCGUACCACUUCGUCAUACUUGUGUGGAACAAAGUUUUCAAUUCUAGACUCGGAGGGAGGAUGGGGUCGCUCCGAAACCAGGUCGGGGAGAUCGCGAAGGAGAACGAAGCCAAUGAGGACGCAUGCGGAACAGAUACAGACACAGAUGAAUGUAGCGAAACAGCUGCAGAUACAUGUCGCGGGCGACGGCUGAAUCCUGCCAGCGUGUUUGUACGUUUAUUUAUUGCGGUCACGCUUGCCGUGUGUUUCGCGGGCGCUCUGAGAAGCAUCAUCUUCGACGAUUCACGUACUGGCGAAGCCAUCAUUGCGAAAAACAGUGUACUGAAGAGCCUUCAGUUGCAAGCAUGCCCGAUCAAAGAGGCGUGCGAGUGCAUAGAGAGCGUGCCAACAUUCCACCGGGCACCGUGUGCUAGGGACAUUACCCCCCCCCUCCAUGAUACCCACAUGUUUGGAGAAUAUUACUCCAGGCGCUCUUGGUUGGGAAGGGAAUAUCCAGGAUUCCAAAGGUGAUUUCGAGUGCACUUUCAUGAAGCCUCCAGAGCGCCGGAAGCUCGAACGGGAAGCCCAAACGUGUUUGGAGCCACACCGGGGAGGGGAUGGCAAUAAGAGCGCAAUGUUUGUAUUUGGGGAUUCUCAUGCACGUAUGUUGCUCGUUGGGCUCCGCCAGAGAUUCGAUGACUACCUGUCCGUCCAUUUCCUUUGCGUGUCCGGCUCUUGGUGUAGUGCGUUUCACUCCUUGCGGGGCCAUGCAACUAAGGUUCCAUGCGACAACUACGAUAAGGUUGUGAAGGAGUCCCUUCGCCGUUUGCUGCGCCCUGGUGAUAUCGUCAUCUUCAGCAAUUUUGAUCGUCACGCGGCCAGGCACGGCGAGAAUCAUAUCAAUGCAUCGUUAGAGCGGAUGGUGACCAGGAUCGGGGAGCUCCACAAGAUUGUGCAUUCGCAAGGUGCGAACUUGGUGUUAGUGGGAUCUCCACCGCGUAUAGGGUGUGGUGCGAGGUACUUAUUAAAGUGCUCCGUUGGGCAGCAUGGCAGCAUGCCGUGUGGAACCUGUGAUGUUGAGGUGACAGCGUCCGAGCUAGACCACAAGCCUUUAAAGGAUACUUACACCCGUUUAGCAAGCGCGUCAGAUAGUAUAAUGUUUUUUGACAUCCAUGCGCUUCUCUGCGACAACGUUACUUCUGGUGCGAUGAUUCCUGGAACUCGUGUGAUGGGGCACCGUGAUGCCCACCAUCUCACUCGAGCGGCUUCCAUCUACUUGGCGCAAUUCCUGUGUUCCGCUCUGGGCAGAGCUGGCUGGAUGCCCAAAUACUUGCACUGAUGCUGUGGGACCAAGACAUCUUUGGCGUAUUGUGUGCCUUCUUCCUGGGCGCCAGUUUCGCGGCACUUGUGUGGAGGUGCAGUGCGACGGUGGCCGUAGAGAAGACGUGAGUUCGGCGUCUUCAUGGGUCCUCUAGGCUCACUGGCCAGGCCCUGACGGUAGGGCCUCUUGUACCUCCUCUUCUCCUCAUUCCUCUCUCCUUCACCUCAGUUGUGUUUUUUGUAAUCAUUCGAUCCCGCCCGUGGGGGGCGACGCUGCGAGUGUUGCCGGCACUGCCUGAUAGGUGCACGCAUACGCGGGAGUUUUGUUCUUCUCGCGUCGGUGUGGGACAUUUCUUCUGGCGUGUACAGCGAAGUGAAGGAUGGCUUAUGCAGGUGCGAGCUGCACGAUCUUGUCUGGCCUCUUCCAUCUUCGGCUCUCCUCCCCAUUGGGUAGUAUUCUUCGCUGGCCAGGCGUUCACCCCUUGUGCGCUGCGGAGCAACGGCACUGGGAUGUUCAGCAGCGCUCGCGAGCAACUUUUUCGUCGCGUCGAUGGAGAAACCAUCGUUUUUUGCCAUGCGAUGUCCAGGCCUUUUGCUGUCUGUGCCCUGCCUGCCAGAACUACCUGGCAGGUGCACCCCUGAGAUAGUCAAAGGUGCGGACCUCGGGGCCUGUUAGCGCCCGGGGCCAAAGGCUGCGGAAUACAUAAUGUAAAUGAAAUUCGCCAAAAA